AUGGCAACCGUCGAAGACUUCAACGCAAAACCGAUGGAAGAUUUUUCGAACGACGACCACCAUUUGCUCUCGCUGCUGACUCGGAAAUCCGAAAGAUUCCAAGAGAUUAAAAAAUUCCACGACGUUCAAAACGUAAGAACGGGGCUUUUGAAAAUCAUUUGUAAUCAUUUAUUUAUAAGUCUGUCGGGAAAAUAAUGGGAAAAAGUUCCUUAUUUUGGCCACAACAAAGGUACUCCGCAAACUGCGCCCAAGCUUGGGGCACUAAAGUUAGGAAAAAACGCUUCGACCUAGCUGGCACUGAAUUACUAUAAUAGCUUUAUAGUUUUAAGGGUACCUACGAAGGCUGUGACGACUCAUUUAGUUCCAUACGGAGGCAAUAAGUUUAGUUCCGGACAUGUUUCAUCGUAUAAAGUGUAAAAUCACAGGCUGCAGGCGUUUUUGAAGGGUAAGGUGGUACGUAAAAAAGAAGGUACCUCACUAACCAAAUCCACUGUCCGGGUAUUGACAACGAUGAAUUGAGCGUGCACGCUAAAUUUGGGCUAAUUCCGACCAGUUUCCGCAAAGUUAUAAGUUGUGGCCAAAAUAAGGAACUUUUACCAAAUAAUGAGCACAUUGUCUCUGCGCCGAUCGCAUCGCUGAAGUGGAAAAAUUUUUUAUUUUUCCUUGACACAAUUCAUUUUCUCGGCCGCGAUGCGAUUUUCGAUGCGACAUAAUGCUCAUUAUUUUCCCGACAGACUGAUGCAAUAGCGAAAAUUCAAUUGACAAGGGAAGUACUUGAAGUGUGACGCUCAGAUUUUGAUGAAACUUGGCACAAAUUUAGAAUAAUUUUUUCUAAGAUAUAUGCGGGAAUCCUAGCUCGCGCUUUGCAGAAACAACCGAGAUUUUUAGAUCGAAAGUCGGCGAAAAUUUGGGACUUUUUGCCGAAUUUCGGCACGAAAAGUUUCAUGCCUAUUUCAACCGUAAAGAAUAAUGUUUCUACAAAAAAUCAAAUUUUUCCGCACGAAACUGCCAAAGUUAUGGCCAAAAAGCGGUUUUCUCUCUGACCGCUCUCCACGUUGAGCGUGCUCUCUCGGCGGCAAAAAACGUUCAAUAUCUCGGCGGCGCCCGCAAAGCGCGAGCUAAAACUUUCAGGAAUUGAUAUUUAGUCCAUACCCGAUGUGUGUGCAAAAUUUAAAGAAAAUCUGAGCGUCACACUUGAAGUACUUCCCCUGUGAAUAAAUAAAAUUUUCAGAUCUCCAAAACAAUGCUCGCGGACGAUGACAGCUUUAUGUCAGUGGUCUACAAAGUCGAGGUGACCUUCAAAAACGGGCAACGAACCGAUUACUGUCUCAAAGUCCCGACCUGUGAGAAAAUCGAAAAAGUCGCGGUGAGGAUUUGCAAAUUAAGUACUCUUUUUUUUACGCUAAGGGUUUCAUGCAAGCCGGCGCAAAUUUAGAUCGCACUUUGCCAAGACAUAUACGAGGCGUCCAUUUUGAGCUUUGCAGAAAAAACAGAGAUUUUUAGGUCGAAAGUUGGAAAAAUAUGACACUUUUUUUGUGAAUUUUAGCAUAAGAAUUUCUAUUACUUCUUCUAUACUAAUGCUUCCACAAAAAAAAAGAAUUCUUUCCACGUGAAACUGGCCAAGAUAUGGCCAAAAAUUGUUUUUAUCCUUGAUCGAUAUCCGCUCACUCUCUCGGCCGCAAAGAUUGUAGAAUAUCUCGGUUGCCCCUGCAAAACGAGAGCUAAAAUUUUCAGGAAUUGAUAUUUGGCCAAAAUUGUGUGAAAAAUUUUGAAAAAAUCUGAGCGUCGGACUUCGAACCCUUCCCUGAUUUAAAUGACGUCUCAAAGAAGCUUGCCCUCUGGAUCGAUCUGCCUGUCGGGAAAAUAAUGAGCACUCUGUCGCAUCGAAAAUCGCAUCGCCGCUGAGAAAAUGAAUGGUGUCGCGGAGAAAUCAAAUUGCUUUUUAUUUCAGCGACGCUGAGCUCAUUAUUUUCCCGACAGACUGAUAUAUAUGGCAAAUCCCUCUACAACGAGAAAAUUCAGCUUCUGCAAAAUAAAAUUGACCCUGUUCGCUUUUUUCCGCAUAAAACCUCUCGUUUGUCUGGUUGUGAUUGUUUUAAGAUGAUUUUGGACCCAUUGAUCUGGCCAGGUGUCGGAGCGCGACAAAAACGGCCACGCUAAAGUGCGUCUGUUACAACGGGGGGCUUCUUCUUCUCUCCAAUUGUCUCCGUCCUUCCUUCGCAUUUUUCGCCGACAAUUACUGUAUUCGAUCCUGGUUUUUGGUUAUUAAUCGUUAUAAGAAUUGGCCGUGGCUCAUUGUAGAUUUAUUGGAAUUUUCUAUAAUUCAGAUUUUAAGCCGGUGGACAUUUUAUACGAUUAAAAAAAUUUCAUCGUAUAAAAUGUCUCCUUAUUCAAAAAAUUAUAUCAACCUUUAAUGUCGUAUUUUACGCUGCUUUGGUUUAGUUCGACAAAAAAUUAAGUGACGUAGACGAUAAAACACGUUCCAUCGUAUAAAAUGUCACUUUUCUCCAUUUUAAUGUUAAAAACGGCUAACAUUUUAUCAAAAAAAAUUAAAUGGCGAUUGAUAUAUGUUCCUCGCACUUUGUCGUCUUGUACAACAACUGUCGACAUUUUAUACGACAAAACAUGUUCGAUCGUAUAAAAUGUCACUUUCCCCUAAAAUCUCUAAAUUCAUAAACCAAGUCUAUCCACAACCUCUCUUAUCCAAUUACGUUUGUUUAUAAUUUCAGGAGGUCAACUUCUUUCCAAUCCUCUCCAUUAUCCACAACAAAGAAUGCGAUUUCUACGAAAGCUCCCAAAAAAUCGACGGUCUCCGGCUGCCCGAGGUGUUUUCGCUGAAAAGAUUGACGGACGAGGACCGCAAUGCCUAUGUUUUGAUGGAAUUCCUACAUGGUCGGUGUGUGCCCGUCGAGGAGUCGCUGAAUUUGGAGCAAAUAAAAGAUGUCGCAGAACAAGUUGCGUUAAUUUUGAACUUUAGUCUGAAUAAUCCGGAUAUCACCGCCAGACCGGAGAAUCGGACGUUCAGCAUUGCGGGCAAUGAUGAUGAGCAUUUUGCAAAGAUGAAUGGGCCAAUUGUCAAGUAUUUGAGGAAAACACCAGGUACGUGGGUAAAAAAUGUCGGCCGUGAAAAAGGUCGAGAAAGAUACCCAAAUUUGGUGUCGAAAAAAAAUCACAGAGACCUAAAAGACUACUAUUUUUGAUGUCAGAGUAGCGUGAACUUUCUGAAAACCUUUUGAGACUCGAAAAAUGUCUCAAAAGGUAUCCAAACAACUCUUUUCUCUCUCUCUUCAAAACCAGUGGUCUAUUUACGUCUCUGUGAUACUGGUCCGUUCGUAAAGUCGCUGGAGUGAUUUGUGCGACAUGCACUGUGAGAAAAACAUCACUCCAGCGACUUUGCGAAGGGACCAAUAUCAUAGAGACGUUAAUGGACUUCGGUUAUUGAAGAAACAGAGAAAAGAGUCGUUUGGACACCUUUUGAGGUAUUCUCCGUGUCUCAAAAAGUUUCCAAAAAGUUCAUGCAACUAUCGCAUUAAAACUGCAUUGUCUCUUUGAUCUCUUGCCAAAUUCACAGGCCCAAAACUUUGCAAAAUUACAAGCAUUUUUCAGAAAUGCAAGAGCUCCACGACCUCGUCGAAAAACAUCAAAGAAUCCUGUCACAACGCGACUAUUUCGAAUAUAUCGUCUUUCAAGCCCAUUUGGAUUACGGUAUGUAUCAAAUAAACACCUUAAUCCUCCCCAAAAUUACACGUGACCAAAGUUACGACUACAAAUUUCAGGAGUUCCAAACCUCUUAGCCCAUGGAGAUCUCUGGAGUAAUAAUCUUUUCUUCCAUGGGAACAAAGUCGAAGCUAUUAUUGACUGGCAAAGUUUGAAUGCAGGUGAGUAUCCAACCUCGCUUUUUUGGGAAUUUAGGCGUCAAUUUUUCAUUGGACAGCACUUUGUCUAUGUCAUGGCUCUGGCUGACAAAAAGAUCAAAGAAAAAAUCAAGUAGACCCCAAAUUUGGUAUCAAAAGGUAUUGCAAAGACAUAAAGAGACUGUUGAUUUUGAAGAGAAGAGCAUUAUCCUUUUCUCUUCAAAAUCAACAGUCUUUUUAUGUCUCUGCGACACCUUUUGAUACCAAAUUUGGGUCUUAUUGAUCACUUCCUUGAUCCUUUGUCUUUGAAUCGCUCAAAAUCGCUCUUGAAACAUAGUUCAAAGCUAAAAUUUCACCAAAAUUUUCUUCAGGGAACCCCACGCAAGAUCUCGUCCGUCUUCUCCUUCUCAACUGCUCUCCCGACUUUCGGCAUAAGUACGAAUCGACCGUACUCAAACACUGCUACGACCAUCUUUCAAAACUCCAAGGGAAGCCUUUGGAAUUCUCCUUCGAGAAUUUCGAAAAGUCCGCCAAAACCUACGCCAUUUACCAGAUUUAUCUUGGUCUUUACAUUCUGACACACAAGUACAGUAAGCCCGAAAGAACGUUGCAACGGAAAGUUUUUGUGGAGCGAAUGGCCGCCGGUCUUCGAGAUAGCCUCGAUUGGAUCAAUCAGAACGCCAAUCUGAGAAAGUUCAAGUGA